GAAAUCCGGGGUACCGCAUAUCUUGAGUAUGAAAACGCUAUCUAUACCUCGAAUUAGCAUGAUUUUUGGGCAGUAUACUAUACCCUAACCCUUAAUGAGUGAACCCUAGGUCCUAAUUAUCUAAAUCAUAAACUAUAAACCCUAAGAUGGUGCUUUCCUUUUUGUGCCUAUAUUUGGACGAAUCGUAACCGUCGAUUAUUGUUUCUAAUUAAAUUGAUCUUGGAGUAUAAGAUUGGGAGAAUUAAGACGUAGAUUUUGAUCUCUAAGGGUUAGAGUAUAGUAUCAUGUCCAAAAGAUCGAUCAAUUCAAGGUCUAGAUAGUGUUUUCAUACUCAAGGUAUGUGGUACCCCGGAUUUUACCCAGGGUACCGUAGAACUCGCCAUAUAUAUAUAUAUAUAUAUAUGGUGCCUUCUACGGUAUCCCAUGAAAUCCGAGAUACCGCAUACCUUUGCGUAAGAAAACGCUAUCUAGAACUCGAAUUAACAGGAUUUUUGGGAAUGAUACUAUACCCUAACCCUUAAUGAGUGAACCCUAUGUCCUAAUUACCUAUAUCAUAAACUAUAAACCCUAAGAUCAUUGAUUUUUUUGCCCAUAUUUGGACGAAUCAUAACCGUUGCCUAUUGUUUCUAAUUAAAUUGAUCUUGAGGUAUAAGAUUAGGAGAAUUAAUACCUAGAUUUUGAUCCCUAAGGGUUAGAGUAUAGUAUCAUGUCCGAAAGAUCGGUCAAUUCAAGUCCCCUGGAUAGCGGAUUUCCCUUUGGGUACUGUAGAACCACACACACACACACACACACACACACACACACACACAACACACACACACGCACACACGCACACACACACACACACACACACACACACACACAUAUAUAUAUAUAUAUGACACGCUAUGACUGACACACACACACACACACACACACACACACACACACACACACACACACACACACAUAUAUAUGACACGCUAUGACACAACACCUGACAAUGGCCAAGUGUAACCAAUGGAAGGGACUAACACACACACACACCCAUAUAUAUAUGACACGCUAUGACACAACACCUGACAAUGGCCAAGUGUAACCAAUGGAAGGGACUAACACACACACACACACCCAUAUAUAUAUGACACGCUAUGACACAACACCUGACAAUGGCCAAGUGUAACCAAUGGAAGGGACUAUAGUAUAGUGGCUCAAGUAAUAAAUAUCGAAUCCACGGGUCUCUAGAGUUACUAUUACUCAGCUUCAGUUCAUUAUCUAGCAAACCAGAUUAAGAUGAAAGAACUAACACUACUCUAGCUAUAGUUAAAGUUAAUCUAAUUACAGGUUGGGAACUCACUUAGGUAUGAUUCCCCCUAGACACUAGCCAGACUAACGAUUGAUGAUUUCUUACUCAAGGUAUGCGGUACCCCGGAUUUCACCCUGGGUACCGUAAAACUCCCCAUAUACUUCUUGAGUGUGUUGAGUUUGUGCAGUAAUUAGAUUCCUUAAUGUUUUCUUGCCCCCAAAACUCAACGUACUCAAGAAAAUCUCACAUUUCUCAUUUUUUAAAUAACAUUUUUUGUUGUGGGAAUAUAAAAUUUGUAAACUUGAGAGUACUUUCGAGUAACCUAGAAAAUACAAGUUAAUUGUACCAUUGUGUCCAAUACCUUAUUGAUCCUUACAAGGUAUUUCCAAAUUUGGACAACUCUAAAUGUGCAAGUGCCUUAUUACACAUACGGGUUCCAUUAACUACUUUUCUGGAUACUCAAUUUAAGGAUGUACGUUGUAACUCUUGUGACUUUUAUCCAAAUGAAGUCUAGUAAGUGUAAAUGCAUAAUUAUACUCCUCGCCAUAUCCAUAAAAUUUCAACAAACCACAACAUCCUUGACUCUCUAAUUUUUUUCUCCUUCUUUACUAAGAAUUUUGAAGUUAAGUGAACGAGCACAAUCUUAUCUCGAAGCUUCCCUCCUCUUCUUUUGUGAGUAUUAGUACUCGCCUAAAACUUUAUGGAGGAAGAUAAAUUAAACCACGUGCUGAGUAUGUCUUUUGACAACUCUAACUGUAGUCACUUGACUUUAAUUUGAAAUAAGACACAUCCAAAAUAUAAUACACUUGAACAUUUUGCCUAACACUUUAAGGAAUCAAAUUGCCCUUAUAAGCAACUUAUUACGGAUCUUGUCAUGUUUGGAAAAAUAUAGUACGAGUGCCACAAGGUACUCUUUAGUUGUCUUAGUAAAAGAGUCUAAAUUAUUCAUCGAAUAGAGUGCUUAAUAAUCAUCAAGCACACUCAAUUGGAUCAAUCCAUACUUUUCAUUAUUAAAUCUCAUUGAGAUUUACCAGAGUAGAAUAUGGGUUGUUCCACUUAAAAGUGCAAGAUCAAAGCCUAUAUCGAGAAUAAUGUCCAUAAUUGUCUUAAAAAACUUUAUAUUCAUCCCAUUCGACAAAGAGUUAACUUUAAUUUUUGCAGAAAUAUUUAAUCCAAAGCAGGAAAACUAUAUGAAUAUAAAAGAAAACACACAACAUGCAAUGUCAGGUAACAAGACAAGAUAAUUAUCCAAUUUCGGGGACCCGUCAUAAGAUACCAAAUGCAACAUUAAUUCUUAGUCUUUGGACAAAUAAAUUAACUGCGAGCGGUACUCUUAAUACAAUGAUCAAAUACUGAUAAUAACUUCUGUCAAAUAACAGUCGACCUUUGGGCUGACUGUUAUUUACAUGAACAAUAGCUCUAUAAUUAUCACGUAAUUACCAUUAAUGUGCUUGAUUAUUUUGGUCAGAUAGUGUCGUCCUUUGGGUCGAGCACUACCCACAUAAAAUAACCUUACACGUACAUCCAUAUAUUUGAAUUUUAAAUAAUUCUCGCAAAUAGAGGUUACUUUGGCAACAUACUGCUAAAAUUAAUUUAAUUAAAAUACUGGACAAUUCUCUCAUAAUCUUAAAAUAUUAAUAAGUGAUUAAUUACCAUUAAGAGAGAAUGACAAUAAUAAUUUAAAUAAAGGUUUAUUCCAUCUAAGGACACCAUGCACUCCAUUAAUAUUUUAUCUUUGGACAAAAUAUUAACUUGUAAGUGAUGUCUUAUGAUGACAAGAACAUGUGAAAUAGUAAAUCUACCUUUGGGCCGAUUUAAAAUUCACAUGUGAACCGAUUAAUGAUCACACAUUUAUGACUAUAUGCGCGUAUAUGAAUCUUUAAAUAUUCACCUACCUUUGGGCCAGUGAAUACAUACACAAUUUACACGCGCUAAAAUAUAAACCUUUACUGUAUGGGGAUUAAAAUUGUCUUAUCAAGCAUUAUAAAAAAAAAAAUUGUCUUAUCAAGCCCCAAAUAUUAGAUUACAGAAAUGAGGCUUCUGUGCGUCAAAAAAUUAGUCUUGUUUAAAAUAAAACUACGAGGCAUGAGUUGCACAAAGUGAGUGCAUACUUAUAAUUAUGUACGGUAAACAAUAAUUGUAACCCAUAAUGGUAGUUAUUAUCACCAAAAGAUAAUUAUCAUGACCAGGGAUAAUUGUUAUAACAAAAAAAAAAUAUAUUAUUAUUAUUAUUAGAACCCGUAGCCAUUGCCAAGAGACAUUGAACCUUUAUUACUAUAACGGGUAAUUAAACAUUGCUGCUUAGCCCUAGCGAAAGCUUGGAAAUUACGUAAGAGUUUCCAUAUUACAGAGCUAGGAAAUAUGUUAUUUGCUUUUCAAUUUCUGGAUAUGGAUGAUAGGAAUAAGGUCUGUUAUGGUGGACCUUGGCACUACGAAAAUUCUCUCAUUGUUUUUAAGGCGAGCACAACAAUUUAGAAACCUAAACCUGAGGACUUACACAUGAUUGAUUUAUGGAUACGUAUAGAGGGUUUCCCCGCAGAAGUGCGUACACAGAAGAUGGCAGAAAAGAUUGCAACAAGAUUUAAAGGCUUAGACUGGUUUGAUAACGAUUCAAGCACAAUGUGGGAAGACUAUAUGCGACUGAGGGUAUAUCUCUCAAUCAACAAUCCACUGAAAAAGAAGUUAAAGCUUAAUAUUGCAGGUAAACUGAUGGAAUACCAGUGAAGUAUGAGAAACUCCCUAUGUUCUGCUACUCCUAUGGCAGAAUAGGGCACCUUAAGCUCAAAAUCAAACUGGAGCCAAAGCCAGAAGUGGAUCCCUAUGGCUAUGAGCUAAGGGUAGCAGCCCCAGGGGCAAAGAAUCGGCUCUCCUACACUGCUAUAAAAGAAGAAUCUGAAGUGUGGGCUGCACUAAGGCAAAAAUUUGAAAUGAAGAGUAUCGGAUCAAACUCUGAUCAUGACAUGGCUCUCGAACAGAAGGAAACUAGACUCAAUGAAGAGCAGACCCUGCCUCAACAGAGCUAGGAGAUAUGUUAUUUGCUUUUCAAUUUCUGGAUAUGGAUGACAGGAAUAAGGUCUGCUAUGGUGGACCUUGGCACUACGAAAAUUCUCUCAUUGUGUUUAAGGCGAGCACAACAAUUCAGAAACCUAAACAUGAGGACUUACACAUGAUUGAUUUAUGGAUACGUAUAGAGGGUUUCCCCCGCAGAACUGCGUACAUAGAAGAUGGCAGAAACGAUUGCAACAAGAUUUGAAGUCUUAGACUGGUUUGAUAACGGUUCAAGCACAAUGUGGGAAGACUAUAUGCGACUAAGGGUAUAUCUCUCAAUUAACAAUCCACUGAAAAAGAAGUUAAAGCUUAAUAUUGCAGGUAAACUGAUGGAAGUGAAGUAUCAGAAACUCCCUAUGUUCUGCUACUCCUAUGGCAGAAUAGGGCACCUUAAGCUCAAAAUCAAACUGGAGCCAAAGCCAGAAGUGGAUCCCUAUGGCUAUGAGCUAAGGGUAGCAGCCCCAGGGCCAAAGAAUUGGCUCUCCUACACUGCUAAAAAAGAAGAAUCUGAAGUGUGGACUGCACUAAGGCAAAAAUUUGAAAUGAAGAGUAUCAGAUCAAACUCUAAUCAUGACAUGGCUCUCGAACAGAAGGAAACUAGACUCAAUGAAGAGCAGACCAUGCCUCAACAGAGGGUCGAGGGAAAGAAACAAAUUCAACAGAUUCCACUAGCUGAGAAGCCACAACAGCCCCCAGAGAUACAACAACCACCCAUUCAAACAGUGAAGCAUCAUGAGAAGAAGGGGGAAUAAUACACUGGGGAUCUACAGAAAUUUGUGAUGGGUAGCGUGGAAGGAAAGAUACCUGGAAGGAACAUUGGCAAAGUGUGGAGGAGGAGAGAAACUGGACAGAAAAAACCAAGUACAUGAGUGCAGUUUACUCCACAGAAAAGGCAGGCUACAUCUCUCAAAGAAGGUGAUCUUGCAGAGCAAACACAAGAGGAAGUUAUGAAGAAAGCUAGAAAGAUGCACUUCUCUGAAUAGGAGAAACAUAUAACACAGCUUAAUAACAAAAACUUGGAUGGUGGUGUGGCGGAGCUUGCAAAAGAGCAGGCUCGCGCAGCUCAAUGAGUUAUUUAAGCUAUAAUUGUCGGGGUUUGGGAAGUCCCCUGGCAAUUAAAAAGCUGGAUCGAC